CCAUUUUCAGUACUGCAACUUAUGUGCACAUUUCCAUUUCCUGCGAUCGGACAUUGAAAUGAGAAAUAAUUCCCCCAAAUUGUCACAAAAUGGCCUCUAAAACACAGAAUUACAGAGGAGCUUAGGCUGAAAGUGAACAAAAACUAAACCCGGCCAUACCAACCUCUCAACGCGUAAACUCCUCAAGGGAAAUACGAGAGUGAGAUUCUAAUUUACAAAGGCAGUGUUCCAUUUCAUAAUUCAACAAUUUUUACCCUUCAUGAAAAAAUUCCUUUUUAAAAUUUUCAUUAAAACAUUGUAAAAGGAAUAUUUCAUUUGCAAAUGGCGGAUGGAAACUACUCGGGCGUUUAUGGUCAAGUAGGAAAGUGUCAAAGCAGUUCACAGGAUAUUAAUCAGACGAAAGAAGAUCGUUCUUUUAGUCGUCUAAACAAGAAAACCGGUCCUCAAAUUUGCACAAGUCGCGAUACACUCAACGACAUCAUUGACGCACUGCUCAUUUAUGGCGAGGAAUCGUUGGUGUUUCACAAUGAAACUAACAACCACAAAUUAGCCAAAAAGAGAUCGUCAAAGGUCACUUUCGAGUGCGACUUUCCCGUUUCCAUUCACGAUCUCCUCACUCCAUCUGAGGCACACUGGGCAGCCAAUCCGAUAGCGCCAUCGCCAUGUUCCGAUCCAAAGAGCCCCGAUGCCAGCGGAUUGGAAGAAGAAGACGAAACUGUGCUGACGGUCAGUGACCUUGUGGCUCUGGGCCAGAUGGUGGGACGAAAACUGAACGAGGAUGACGUGGAACAUAUCCUGUCUCAGUGCAAGGAUCAAAAUGACCUGCUCGAUUUCCCCCAGCUGAUUGAGAAGAUGGAGGUGAUGACCCAUGAAUUGCAGCCAUGCACCAAGUCUGAACUUAAGCAGGCGUUCAAGAUAAUCGACCAAGAGGGUAAGGGUUUCAUCACCAUCAAGCAGAUCCGAGAGAUGGCGGAGAAGAUCAUGCCGAGUAUCUGCUCGGAAGAGCUAGAGUCACUGUUCGACGACACACUCCUCGGAGAAGACGACUCACCGCUGCGAGGCAAGAACAACGAUGACUCACAGAAAAACAACGGAAAGACGCAAAUUAAAGACUCGGGAGACCACAAAAACGGAGAAGGCAAGAUAAACGCUGAGUCAUUCAUCCAAUUUAUACAGAUGCUCUGAAAAUGAAAAACGUAUAAACGAAAUUAAUUAGAUGUAAGUUGUGCGCUGCAAUUUUUUUUUAAAUAGACAUUUGAUUGAGACAUUACUUAGGCCGUGUCAUAGUUUGUAAAAGUGAAUGGCAUGGUUCAGUAUGUAUUUAGCUAGUCUUCAACUCUUGAGUG